CAGGAAAACCCUGGAAAAAGCUUUGUUUUAUGACCUAGAAGUGGAAAUAGAGAGUCUAAGGGGAAACAGAGGUAGAUUUCUGGGAAGAUAAUGUUUCAUGUGUUUAUUUGUCUUCCAGAACUCCAAAUAGUUGCGUUGGCAGGCAGGCUGCCCUAGAACUGCUCCCUUCUGAAGACUCAGAGGUGUUUACAGAAACUGAAAGUUCCAGCAGUAUAUUUCCAUGAGCUCAUUACCCGUUCCGAUGAUAUCCUUUAGAUGUUGCAUGUGCAAAUGAAUAUCCAUGCAGUAUAAACCCCUGCUCUGAGCUUUUGUUUUAAUUACAAAGUAGCAGAAGUUAGAUAUGUGAUUACUGUAACAUCAGGGCAUCUUUUUAGAAUCCCUGCUUUGGUCACUAUUAUUCAAAGCAACUCCAAUGCCAUUUCUUGCCUGCCUCUUUAUGCUAAUCAGCCUAGCUCACUCGGCUCCUCCUCCUUCAGCUUCCCUUAAGAACUGUUCACUUUCAGCUGUCACGGAGGGUAACUCAGACCAGGCUUAGAAAUCACUUGAUUUAACUCAGCAGCACUUUUUAAAUUUUGUGUCUAUUACUCUAGCAGUCCUCUCUAAAUACCAGAGGCAUUAGGUUUCAUGUCAGCAGAUGAGUCAAAAAUUGCCAAAACGGUAAUUGGUUAGAAAUAGUUAUUUUGUAGCAUUUUACCCUGGGGGAGGAGGGGGGCGGGAAGCUUCAAAGUGCUUUGAAAUGAAAGAAGAAUUAAGUUGUGUUUUUAUCCAAACGAAUUGGCAUCUUUAUUUGUAGGGGAGGUUAUACUGGUAAAUAUUUAUUUCAAGAAUCAUGACUUGGAAGCGCUUGGAAGUUUAUUAGAGAGGUAAAUGUUUUACACUCACGGACAGGAUCUGCAUGUACCUCUGUGGCUCUGGGUGUCUGGUGAGGACCAUUUUAGGUGACUGACCAAGGGAAGGAAAUGCCUUAGUGAGUGAGACUGGAGUCACAGCCAUAUUGCCACCACCAUGUCUACCAUACAAAGAAAAGGCAGAAGCCACCUGUUUAACAGUUUGUACACCUGUAAACUGAAGCUUCCAGAAGACCAGCGACAGCAAGAGAAAUCUGUCAUUGCUCAACCAAUAUUCGUUUUUGCAAAGAGAGAACAAACUUUUAAGAGACCUGCAGAAGACACCGCAUGUGAGGCAGCAGAGCAUGAAUGUAAUGGUUUUCUAAGAAAGCGUGUACGGUCUUCAUCUUUUACUUUGCAUACUACAGACCCUCAGUCCCAAGGAGCAUCAACCUUGUUCCAGAAUCGAAUGAGAUCAUCAUCCUUCACCAACCUCCUGACCUUCCCCCCUUCUGGGGCAGUGAAGAAACACAAUGUUUUUAUGACAUCAACUCUUGUGCAAAGGAAUGUGGAUAUGAACAGUACAGAUCAAGGUCCUGGGAAGCAUUCUGAACAUGUCCUAAGGCCUGCUAUUUUGCAGCUACCUCAAGCUCAAAGGUGUGAAAAAGUAAGAAAAACAGUUGGACACAAUCCCUUGGAAUCCUGCAAGACAAAGGAAAAAACAAAAAAUAAGAUUUCUGAGGGGAACUCUUCUUUGCUAAGUGAAAAUUUACCAAGUGCCAGAAUUUCAGUCCAGCUGACUACUAACCAGAAUUGUUUAGGUGCUACAUCAGUAGGAUGUCAACCAAAUGAAGAUAAGUAUUCUUUUAAAAGCUGCAGUUCUGAUUUUGUGUUUGGAGAAAACAUGGUAGAAAGAGUUUUGGAUACUCAACAUCUCACCCAACCUCAACUCGAAAAUGACUCAAACACCAGGGAAAAACCGUUCAAAUCCACUCUAGAAUUUCCUGUCAACUCUCCAAAUUCAAGCACAGACUCUAUUAAAAAUAUAUCCCUAAUUGAAUCAGCUGCUGCUUUCUCUUCUAAGCCAUCACCCAAAUGCUUGCUGGAGAAAAUUGAUGUUGUAACAGGGGAAGAAGCAGAGCAUAAUGUGUUAAAGAUCAACUGCAAGCUUUUUAUAUUCAACAAAACAACACAGUCCUGGAUUGAAAGGGGCAGAGGAGCUUUGAGGCUGAAUGACACAGCGAGCAGUGAUUGUGGAACAUUCCAGUCAAGACUAAUUAUGCGCAAUCAAGGCAGCCUGAGGCUGAUCCUCAAUAGCAAACUCUGGGCUCAAAUGGAGAUUCAAAGAGCGAACCACAAAAAUUUGCGAAUAACAGCUACUGAUUUAGAAGACUAUAGCAUCAAAGUGUUUUUAAUUCAGGCCAGCGCCAAAGACACAGGAUGUCUGUAUGCAGCAAUACAUCAUCGGCUGGUUGCACUUCGAAGCUUCAAUGAACAGAAAGAUGUAAAUCAAGCUGAAAGCCAGUCAGAAACAAGCCUCCAACAAUUAAACUGCGAAAGCUGUGAUGAGGAUGAGGAUGAUUUCAUCCAAGUCACUAAAAAUAGAUCAGAUCCUUCUAGGUGGACCCACAGACAGUCGGUUGCCUGUUCAUGAACGCUAUCUACUAUAAACGUGACAACAUCUACAAAAAGAUUGGUCAUCUUACUGAAAAUACUAAGCCAUCCUAACUAAAUGAGAAGAUCCUAUUCGUUCCUUGAAGAGUUUUUACAGCACAGUUCAUGAAAGAUAAUUUGUUGCAAUUAAGAUUUUUCUUUUAUAUAGUCUAAUAAUUGCAAGGUUUUAUAUUUUGAUUAUUGUGGAGAAAAUGACAGAAUUUAAGAAAUACACGGACUUUGGAAGUUCAAAAUUAAUCAUUUUUGAAGAAGCUAAUUUAGAAUAGGAUUUGAUAACUAAUUUGGACUAUUCAUCACAUUGGUGGAUAUAAUAGUUCAAAUAAAUUUCUGGAUUUCAUAAAUAUCUAACUAAAAUAUUUUUUCAGUCAUACAUUGCCUGGUCAUAAAACAAAUAUUUUACAAGAUUUCCAGUCAUUUCUUCCAAAACACUAUAUCUGCAUGCUAACAUUUCAUUAAGUCAUGUUUCUCUUCUGGGAAAUGUGUAUUUUCAUUUAACCUUUGGAUUUACUACUACUAUAAGAUUAUAUAUUCAUGGUAUGAAUUCCUUUAAAGAUAGUGUUGUCUUGGACCUGUAUCCAUUGCACCUUGUGUAUGCUUGACUCCAGUUCAGCAUCCAAUAGUUGUUGAAGGGAUGAACAAAAUACAUUAACUAUGUAACAAAACAGUAAGUAUACAAAAAGUAAAAUAUGUUAACUUGUUCUUUGCUUUAUGUAAUUAGAUUGUCAUUAAUAGUCUAAUGGGUGUAGCUGUAUAGAGACCUUUUAAAAAAACCAAAUAUAUUCAUAUAUACCCAAAUGAAUUUUUUCUUAAAUGCUGUUAUUGUGGUAGACUGUAAUAAUUUCAACAUUUGUGCAACAAAGUUUUGAUGCUCCUCUUUUGAGAUUUGUCUCAGAGACACCUUAUGAGUUACACAGAAAAAUUAGUGCUUCUAGGCAUAUUUCAUUUUUCAAUCCAGUUUGAUCACCCCAUGACUUCAAAAUGACUUUUGAUCAUGAUUCCUAAAUAUUCCCUUGUUAGAGGCAUCUUAGUCUUCUCAGGGUGUCAUAACAAAAUACCACACUGUUAUUUUUCACAGUUCUAGAGGCUGAGAAGUUGAAGAUCAAAGGGUCAACAAAAUAGGCUUAUUCUGAGGCCUCUUCUCGUGGUUGUAGGCUGCUGUCAUUGCCUCGCGUGCUCGCAGGACCUCUUUGUGGGAGCACGGGCAGAGAGAGAGAGCAAGCUCCCUAGUGUCUCAUCCCAUAAGGGCGCUAAUCCCAUUAGACCAGGGCCCUGCCCCCUUAAAUUUAUCUAACACUAAUUACCCCCCAAAGCCCCAUCUCCAAAUUCUAUCACAUUGGAGCUCAGGGCUUCAACAUAUACAUUUGGAGGAGAACAUAAACAUUCAGUCCAUAACUAGGGAAUAGGAUUUAUAAUUCCAAAAUGAUUUCUGAAGAUUUUUUGAACAAUGACAACAUAUUUGGAAUAAUGGGUCUAACCUCACUAAAUGUUACUUUGAAGAACAAUAUUCAUUUGGAUAUAUACAUAUGAAUACACAUUUUUUAAAGUUACAUUAUUUUGCUACAGUACCUUUUAUAGUAAUAAAAGCAAUUAUUUAGAUAUAGAUAGAUAUAUAGAUUCAUACAUGCAUACAUACAGUAUGUAUGUAUGGUAUAGUAUGGUAUAGUUUGGCAUAUGAAAGUUCAAUUAAUUCUUUUAGACUCUAAUUGGUUAGUAUAUAAAUUAUAAAUUAUAUAAAUUAUUAGUAUAUAAAUUAGUAUAUAAAUUGUUCAGAGUUUUGCUCUUUCCCUAUAACUUUUACUAAGUUAGUUACUAAGAGAGGCUUAUUCAUUCUAGUGACUAUAGAAGAAAUACAGCAUCCUUCUAAAGUAAGCAAUGAUUCAGGAAAUGGAAAAGAAAAAUUAAUGUGAGAGAGGAAUAGAGAAGAGGUAGAGAGAAGGGGGAAAAAAUCAAAGAAGAGCUCUAGCAUAAAAGGAAGAAUAAAAACAAUGAGACAACAAAAGUUUAAAGUUGGUUGGGUUUUUUAACCCCAAAAAAUGCCUCUGAUACAGAACACAGAGGAAAAUUUUCUUUAGAAGCAAAAAUAAACAGAAGACAUCUGGAGAAGAAAUGAAAGAAUUGGUUCUUUUUUCCUAUAAGAUCUUAGUUGAUAUGGGAACACUGUGAUUGCACUAAAUUGUUAAAGUAAAGCAGAGAACAGAGAUCUUUAUCUUCCUGACAUGUUCAUUCUUGUGCUCACUUUAGGGUGGAGAUAAAGCAAUAUUUCUCAAUGCCUCAAAUAUUUUAAUAUCAUUUGAAUUCAUUCUUUCUUUAUUUGAUUUUCCUUGUACUUCUCUUCAUAUACAGAGCAAAAAAAAUUAGACUACUUCAAUUACUUAUCUACACAUUAAUGUCAGUGCAACAGAAUAAAAAACAGAAUAUCAGGAAGGCAGAGAGAAAAAGUGAAAAUUUCUGGAUUAUGACAUGGUUACCAAUGCAGAAACAUGAUAUCUAGCUUGUGACUUUCAAACCAUUUUCUAUCCACUCUACUAUUCCUUUUUACAAUCUUUAUGCAAAUAUUUGGUAAUAUUUAGGAGGGGAUAAUAGAAGUAGAAACAUCUUAUAGUUUCUCUUUGUCCUAUAUCUUCAUCUAACCUUCUUCUUUUUGGCUUUUCUACAUAUGUUGACCUUUCUGUAAGGUGAAGAGAUCAUCCUACAAUGAUAAUCAUUUUCAUAAGUUAUUAGGUAGAUGAUUUCAAAGCAUACAUCUUAGAUUUUGAUAGAAGCUGCUUUUUGUCAGGGUGCCUGGGUAGCUCAGUCAUUAAGUGUCUGCCUUUGGCUCAGGUCAUGAUCCCAGGGUCCUGGGAUCAAGCUUCGCAUCAGGAAGCUUGCUUCACCCUCUCCUACUCCCCCCUGCUUGUGUUUCCUUUCUCACAGUGUCUGUCUCUGUCAAAUAAAUAAAUAAAAUCUUUUUUUUUUUUUAAAAGGAGCUGCUUUUGUCAAAAUUUACUGAAAUAUUUCCCAAAUAUACUAGAUAUAUAUUUAAUAUAUCUAAUUAUAUAUCUUAUACUCAAGUAACCUUAACAUUCUUCUCUUUCAACAAGACUUUAGACUCUACCAAGUUAUUCAGCUUAAUUAUGGACCAUCAGAAUGUUCUCUUGUAAAAUAUUAUUUUACAUCCAUUACUGUCAAAGCCAGGAAUCCUUAGACCUCAAGGAUUAAUACCCUAUACAAGUCUUGGAAUAUGUGGAUGUCAUUUAAAAAAAAAGGGUGUGUGUAUCUUUCAUAGAGUCAGUAUGUACAUGAAAUGGGUUGGAAGGAUACAUCUUAACCUUUGUAAAUCCUCAAGUUGUGAAUAUCACAAUGAUACAUAAUUUUUCCCAUAAUAUGUUGAGAACAAAUAAGCUUCUUGAGAUGUAGUUACCAGGUGGUUGGGUAAGCUCACUCACUAAAAAAGUAUAUCAGCCCUGCCAGAGAUGGGGUUUGAGUUUUUGAAACUCAGUAACAUUACAGAUUAUUUUAGUAGUUUGAGGGUUUUGAAAUUCAUAUUAAAUCCGUGAAUGUAAGCACUUCUGUUUGUUUUGCAAUGGACAAAUCACACCCACAGUACUGCAUGAUUUUUGACAUCAGACUUGGGAGUGGACAAACUGGAAUACAUGAACACAUUUAAAGUUUCUAAGAUGAUACUUGGAAACUGUGGCAUUGGAGAAGCUAUUGAAAUAACUGGCAAAUGUGUAGCCUAAUA